CCGGCCCCGCUCGCUGGGCGGAGCUCCCGUGGCGCAGCAUGGCGGGGCCCGCGCUCGCCGCGUGCCUGGAGGCCGUGCUGAGCGACCGCGGCAACGCCAACCGCGUCUUCGAGAUCCUGGAGCUGCUGGCGGCCGAGGAGGAGCAGGACGCGCUGUGUGCCGCCCGCACGUGCCGCCGGCUGUUCGCGGCGCUGCUGCGGCGGGGAGAGCUGUUCGCCGGCUGCCUGCCCGCCGAGGAGGACGUGCUGCGCGGGAAUUACAGCGCUGAGGAGAAAUACAAAAUAUGGAUGAGACACCGCUACAACGACUGCGUGCAGUGCUUGUCCGAGCUGCUGAGCCACGACUCCUUCCAGGUCAAGGAAUCGUCGCUCUGUACCCUCAUGAAGUUCGUGGAGCUGGAGGCAGAGUGCCCUUUGGUCGCAGAGCAGUGGAAGGGGAUCCUCCCUUUUCCUCGCGAUCUUCUGAAGGUGGUUGUUAACGGCUUAAUUCCCAUCCACGAGGAUGCUUCGCUGCUGAUCUCUCGCUUCCAAGAAUACAUGGAGUAUGAUGACGUUCGGUACUUUGUCAUGAAGGCCGUUACUGAGAGCAUUGGACAAGUGAUGCAGAAGAUAAAAGAGAGGCCACUGCCGUUUUACCAGCAGAACGUAUUUUCCCUCAUUUCUUCCAUUAACAUGCCGAACAAAGAGCGGGACAUGGUCAAAUUUAUGGUGAAGCAAGAUAACCGGGAGGAAUGGAAGGUGUCCAGGCUGCAGGCACACAAGCAGGCGUUUGAGAGAAUGUGGCUCACUUUUCUGAAGCACCAGCUACCCAGUGGCCUUUACAAAAAAGUUCUUGUUAUUCUGCAUGACUCCAUCCUGCCUUAUAUGAAUGAACCCACUCUCAUGAUAGACUUCUUGACAGUGGCCUAUGGCAUAGGUGGAGCAAUUAGUCUUCUAGCUUUAAAUGGAUUAUUUAUUCUGAUUCAUCAGCAUAAUCUGGAAUACCCUGACUUUUACAAAAAGCUGUACAGCCUUCUGGACCCUUCUAUCUAUCACGUGAAGUACCGAGCCCGCUUUUUCCAUUUGGCUGAUCUGUUUUUGUCUUCAUCUCACUUGCCGGCGUACCUGGUGGCAGCGUUCAUCAAGCGCCUGUCCCGGCUGGCCCUCACUGCUCCUCCCGAGGCCCUGCUCAUGGUCAUUCCUUUCAUCUGUAAUCUCUUUCGGAGGCACCCGGCCUGCAAAGUGCUGAUGCACAGACCGAAUGGGCCACAAGACUUGUCAGAAGAUCCAUAUAUUAUGGAGCAGGAGGAGCCAUCUGAGAGCAGGGCUUUGGAGAGCUCGCUCUGGGAGCUUAAGACUCUACAAAACCAUUAUCACCCAGAUGUGGCCCAGGCAGCUGCUAUCCUCAACCAGUCACUGUCUGAAAUAGAGGAUGACAUAUCGGGGCUCUUGGAGCUCUCAGCUUCUGAGCUUUUUGAUAAAGAAAUAAAGAAAGCAUCUGCUAAUGUGCCGCUGGAGUUUGAGCAAGUACGAGGAUUGUUUGGGAAGAAAAAUGAUAUUCUUGCAGAGCACUUCACUUUAGAUUGAUGGAAUCUCUUAAAAACACAUCUGCACAACUGACUGAUCUUGAGGACCUGCACAAAGCUCACAUGUUUUGCUGGACAGUUGUGCCUUUGAAAUAUCUCAAAGUGGUGAAAGCUGGACUGCCUUCGAAAGGAGCGGCCUUCUUCACUGACAUUUUCCAGGACCCAUGUAUGGACUUUCCUUCAUUGUUCCUCAUGUCUCAUGCUUACAUGAGGAAUGUAAGCCUGCCUGAUGUUUUGGAGGGAUUUUCCCUCACAGCAGUGUUUUCUGGACUUGUUCACUGUUGGGAUCCCAGCCCUUUUCUCCAAAGCUGCUGGUGCUGGCUGAGAUCACUAACUGUGCUGACAGACUGCUGAGGAAAAGAGUGGUCUCUGACUGCUGCUUCUGAUUUUCAGAUGUGUUAAUUUCAUACAAGAGCCAGCAACUAUUUUGUAGUGAGUGACCUCAGUACGUAGCUGGAGACUUCAUAUUCUAAUUAUACGUUUUUUAUAUAUAUUUUUAAAUUCACUUCAGAGAGAUGUUUUAGCUUCAAUAUAGUGGUCUUAACAUGCACAGAAAGCUUAGGUUUGUCGAAAAAUAUCUCACAGAUGAUGCUCAGUAAUUCCAUGUGUGAUAUGUUGCUAAUGUUCCUUUGUGUACGUUCAUCUCAUGCUGGAACGUUUCUUAAUUUAAAAUACUCAUGAGCUUCGGAAAUGAGCGUAAUCGUGGUGACUAUGUAGGGCGGCCAACUGAUGUGCAGUGGAAAGUAGUUUAAUCCUUGAUUUUUGCUUCAGAAUGAUAAACAGCUUAAUGUAGUUUUGCUCACAACCUGCAAGCGUUGCAGGAGCUGUGGCCAGUGUGUAUGCAGGUGCUAAUUAAGUUUUAACUACCCCACUGAUACUAGAAUGGCUUUGUUAAUUUGGAUUUUUCAUAUGGUUCCAGAAGUCAUGCAGAAAUUCCCUCUGAUAGUGUUUUCCAAGGUGUUAAAUGCUCUGCCUUGGUUUGAGAUAAACUCCUUGUUAAGAAUGCAGAUGAACUCACUCAGGACUCUUUUUCUAAUUAUUUUCACCGACUUAUUGUUAUCUCAUUAGGCUUCAACUCUGCUUACAGUGUUCUGAAAUUGCGUUUUGUGGAGGAGAAAAAUCCAGUCCAGGGGCCAAGAAAGCUAAUUUCUGGCAGACAAAUCUGUUUAAAUCAGGAAAACCUGUGGCUACCUAACGCACACUGCGUUACGUUUUCUUCAUCCAGUUGUCUUUGUGCUUUCCAAAGAAUGGACAAGUCCUCAGUGUUGAACGCUCUCCCUCUUUUCCACUGGUACUUUUAAUUCCGGUGAGAUGUUUUCAGGACUUUUUUUUUUUUUUUUUUUUAAAAAGAACCUUAAAAAGUUCUUGUGGAAAAAGCAAGGCAGUCUCCUCCCUGGCCAGCCUGCUUUCCCAUUUGCUGUGGCAGGAAGGCAGAGUAGCUGAGAUGCUAACUUCCAGCUUGAGAUACCUCAGCUCAGGUUCACCCAACCUGUUUCAGCUUUAUAAUGUGUCUCCUUAUAUCUGUGUUGUGUUUAUGUGUUUAUUUAAUAUUUUGAAGUGCUCUUACUCUGCAGAAAUGUGGACCACAUAACUACAUUUAAAGGACACAUAUAUAUAUGUGUAUCAUCAUUUAAACAAAAUGAUGUACCAUGGAAAUGUGUGUAUAUUGAAUACCUUCCUCUGCAUCUUUUUGUUUUGCACAGAUUGGCUCUGUUAUGUCUGUCUGAAUUUACUGAUGGGCAGUGUCAUUCUUUUCUUGGUAGUGUUGACGCUCUGGGAAUGUUAGGUUUCUUUUUUAAUAGAUGAAUAUUAAACUGUUUGGGCAGCAGGCA